CUCAAAAGGAUGCAUUUUCAACUCAGAAAGAGAUAAUAAAAAAAGAAUUCGAGAUUAUAUCUCUCAAGUCUGAAUUAACGAAUAUAAAGAAUGAACUAACGAAUACAAAGGAUGAAUUAGCUUCAAAAAUUAAUGAAAUUGAGUGUUUAGGCACUUUAUGCCCUGCUUCACAGAAAACAAAAGAUAUAUUGGAUCCUGUAGUUAUGGGAG